AUGUAUGUCUCCGAUGUCAAUCAACAGGACUGGGAUGACUACGCCGAACGCUUGACGUUUGCCCUCAACACGGCGCAAGAUCGAGUGCGGGGAGACACAUCUUUCUAUCUGGUGCACGGGUGGGACGCAAGAUCGACGUUGGAAGCGACGCUCCCAAUUGGAUCUACAAGGCGGAAAGACAGCGACGCCCGCCGGUGGAGGUAUCGUCUGCAAUCGCAGUAUCGACGGGCGAGAGAAGUGGUGAACAACGAUCUCCGGAAGGCGAUCGAAGCCAGAGCUGCCCAACACAACGAUCGAGUUAGGCCCCACAAGAUCGAGCAAGGAUCACAAGUAUGGCUCUACCUGGAUCGAGUGACAAACUGGUCCAUAUGUGGCACGGCCCUUUUCCUCAUCGGUGAUCAUGCCGCACGCGUGGAAACCAGCGGAACAGGAUACCGCAUCUUCCCUGUGAUGCACCUGUCGAAGUUGAAGUUGGUGAAGGCGUUCCCCGACCGCCCAACUUGCACCCUGCUGGUCGAGGAAGGAGAUCGAGUCGACUUCGAUGAAGCUCUACUUCCGGAGGACAGCAGGGAAACUCCUUUGGGCUUUGGGCGAGGACGAAUUCGAGGUGGAACAGAUCGCCGAUGUGAGCUCUGGACGCAGCACGCGAUAUGGCCGCGCUAUCGCGAAACCACGUGGGUGGACGAGGCCGACCUCAACUGUGGGUCGCUCCUGGAUGAAUUCGAACGAACUCAAACGAACCGUAGUCGGUUCAAUGUCACGCAGUCGUACGAAGAGGCGUCGGACAGCCUGUAA